GCCUGGCUCAUGUUCGUUGUGGGCGCUCAUUUGAUUUGCUUUGUUUUUGGUUAGUGCAUUGAUCAUAUUGCGCUACCGGAAAUCUUAGGUGAAGUGUGCAUUAAUCAAAUUUACCGUUUUUUCGCUGAGUCUGCAGUUACUCCAAUUGGAAAUUUGAUCGUUGCCUUCUCUGUAAAAUGUCCGAAUUAGAUUGGGAUGACCCAAACUAUGUUGAGAAACCAACAGAAUACGCUCAAUCAUACAAUAAGAAUGAUGAUGAUCAUUACUCUCGUGGCCGUCGCUCGGGCUAUGGCGGCAGCAGUAAAAAACGCGACAGAGAGCAGCGUGAGAGCUAUGACAGAGAUAACGGCAACUCUCGGAGGAACGCGGAGCACGCUUACAGCAAAUCACUGAAAAUAUCUUCAGAUAUGGUGGGCCGUGUAAUCGGUCGCGGUGGCUCCAACAUAACGCGAAUCCAACAAGAUUUCUCAGUUCGGGUCGAUGUCGAUAAGGGCCGACGUAUGGUCACAGUCUCAGGCAGUGAGAAAGGUAACGUUAGAAAUGCGUUAGACGAGAUAAGCAGGCAGAUGCAAAGCGAUGGCGGUGGCUAUAACCAGACGUCGGAGGGUGGCAGUCAUGGCCGAUCCUAUGGUCAGUCCGACUAUGGUCGCUCCAGUGGCCGGGAGCCUGGACGAUAUGAGGAUAGAAGCUCUGGUCGCUCGAACGACAGAAGAGAACGAUCGAGCUAUAAUAGUUAUGGCGGAGGACAAAGCAUUUAUGACUUGGCACCAUCCUCAGGAAAGGCAGACGAUGGCGACUUGACGGGCACCAUAGACUGGGCGGCACUGAACAAGGCCUCAGAAGCUGCUCAGGCCGAACGUUGGGCGAAAUGUCCACCGUUGACCAAAAAUUUCUACAAGGAAUGUCCCGAGGUGGCUAACCUGUCCGAGGCGGAGGUAGCACAGCUGCGCCUGGAGAACAACAACAUCAGCGUUUCGCAUGUCUUCGAACCGAAGGAGGGCGAAGUGUUUGCGCCCAUACCGAAUCCUGUAUGGAAGUUCGAACAAUGCUUUGCCGAGUAUCCCGAUUUGCUGGCCGAAAUAAAGAAGCAGGGAUUUACGAAGCCUUCGCCCAUACAGUCGCAGGCCUGGCCCAUUCUGCUCCAGGGUCACGACAUGAUUGGCAUUGCCCAAACAGGCACAGGAAAGACGCUCGCCUUUCUGCUGCCUGGCAUGAUCCACACCGAAUACCAGAGUACGCCGCGUGGUACACGGGGUGGUGCGAAUGUCCUGGUCUUGGCGCCCACGCGAGAACUUGCCCUCCAGAUCGAGAUGGAGGUGAAGAAGUAUUCUUUUCGCAACAUGAAAGCCGUUUGCGUGUAUGGCGGCGGCAGUCGCAAGAUGCAAAUUUCGGAUGUGGAACGUGGCGCUGAGAUAAUCAUCUGCACGCCUGGACGUUUGAAUGAUCUGGUGCAGGCCGGCGUAAUCAAUAUAUCGUCCAUUACGUAUCUGGUGCUGGACGAAGCCGAUCGCAUGCUGGACAUGGGCUUUGAGCCGCAGAUACGCAAGGUGCUGCUGGACAUACGGCCGGAUAGGCAAACCAUCAUGACGUCGGCCACCUGGCCGCCGGGUGUUCGUCGCCUGGCGCAAAGUUAUAUGAAAAAUCCGAUACAGGUGUGCGUCGGCUCUCUGGAUCUGGCUGCUACGCAUUCCGUCAAACAGGUGAUUGAGUUGCUGCAGGAUGACAAGGAUAAGUUCCAUGUGCUUCGCAAGUUCGUGGAGAACAUGACCAAGUCGGACAAGAUCAUUGUGUUCUGUGGGCGAAAGGCACGUGCCGACGAUCUGUCUAGCGAUUUGAGUCUGAAUGGAUAUUCCACCCAGUGCAUACACGGAAAUCGGGAGCAGUGCGAUCGAGAGCAGGCCAUAGCGGAUAUUAAGUCGGGCUUGGUGCGCAUUCUAAUUGCCACUGAUGUCGCCUCACGCGGCCUGGACAUUGAGGACAUAUCGCAUGUCAUCAACUAUGACUUUCCACGCAACAUAGAGGAGUAUGUGCAUCGUGUCGGUCGCACGGGCAGAGCCGGUCGUCGGGGUACAUCCAUUAGCUUCGUCACACGUGAGGACUGGGCCAUGGCCAAAGAGCUGAUUGAUAUACUGGAGGAGGCCCAGCAGGAUGUGCCUGAGGAGCUGCGUCGCAUGUCCACGCGAUUUUCAGAUAUGAAACAACGUCGAGCAGCCGAAGGUGGCAUUGGAGGUGGACGUAGUUUUGGCGGUGGCCGGUCUGGCGGUCAUCGAACUCGUUAUUAAAUCGGACAACAAUUUAUAUUAUGCCCGAAGGCAAGAAACGAUUUUUGUUUGAGCAAACAAAUUCAGACAACGCAUUGAAGCGAUCGAAUAUUUUUUUAGUUACAUACUAAGUACUUAUCUUCAUUUUUAUCAAGUAUAAAAUGUAAAAGUUGUGAAAUCUAAUUAAGUUUUAAAGGGCUUAAAUAAGUAACAAGAACGCAAAUCAAACGAAAAAUUACAUUCAAUAUAUGUAAAAGAGAAAUGUA